ACCAAGUAGGAACGGCGCCGCAACCGUUAUAAAUCCCGGGUUUAUAAGGUGCUAGCCGAUCGGGCAGCUGGAAGAGGGGCUCCUGGGACUCAAAGAAGGCCUUAAUCGGCGCUAGGACUACACUUCCCAGAAGCCUUCACGCCACGGACUGGCCCUCUGCGGGGGGAAGAGGGAUCCCUUCGGAGGGGCAACCGUAGAGGGCGGGACAGAAGAGCAGACUCAGCAGGCAUGACUGGAGAGGGAAGUCCCAAUGGUGCUAGAAUGGUGCUGCAGUGGCAGAAGACGGCUCACGAGUGAGGUCUCGAAGAACGACAGGGAAGACAUCCAUCAUUUGCUCCAAAGUGUGCAAGUCAGAUCCUGGGGAGAAUCAUGAUAACCCUGAUCACUGAGCAGCUGCAGAAGCAGACUCUGGAUGAGCUGAAAUGCACACGCUUCAGCAUCAGUCUGCCUUUGCCCGAUCAUGCAGACAUCUCCAACUGUGGGAAUCCUUUCCAGCUUGUGUCUGAAGGUGCUUCCUGGAGGGGCCUGCCCCACUGUUCCUGUGCCGAGUUCCAGGACAGCCUCAACCUCAGCUACCACCCCUCAGGCUUGAGCCUGCAGCUCCGACUACCCAGCCCGGGAGGUUCUCCACAGGAGCAGCCCCUGUCCCAAGUCCUAAGUCCUGAGCCCCCAGACCCAGAGAAGCUUCCUGUGCCCCCUGCCCCACCAUCCAAGAGGCACUGCCGCUCACUCUCAGUGCCCGUGGACCUGUCUCGCUGGCAGCCGGUGUGGCGGCCCGCCCCCUCCAAGCUGUGGACUCCCAUCAAGCACCGGGGCAGUGGUGGAGGGGGUGGGUCGCAGGUGCCUCACCAGAGCCCCCCAAAGCGGGUUUCCAGCCUCAGGUUCCUCCAAGCUCCCAGUGCCUCUUCUCAAUGUGCCCCAGCCCACAGACCCUACAGCCCCCCUUUCUUCAGCUUGGCCCUGGCCCAAGAUUCCUCUCGACCCUGCGCUGCCUCCCCCCAGAGUGGCUCCUGGGAGAGUGAUGCCGAGUCUCUGUCGCCUUGCCCGCCCCAGCGCCGCUUCUCCCUGUCACCCAGCCUGGUCCCCCCCCACCCCGCCCCAGGGGCCAGCGGUCGUUCCAUGCCCCACCCCGCGGGGACAAGCAGGGCAAGGGAGGGAGAGGUUGAAGACUGGGGGGUCGGGGGGGCCUAG